GUAGUGCGGCGUCUGAUGCGCGCAAAGAGACAACGCUCAGCGGCGCACGCACGGAAGACACCGAAAUGCACACAAAAUGCUGCGUCCACGAGCUGUGACCAGCCGCUCGAUGUGAGGAAAAUAACCAACCGCCGGGUGGAACAGAACCUCUGAAGCUCGCGCGCGCGCGCAGGCAGCAUUCUGCCGCAGAUUCCAAUAGUCUGAGAUCCUGCUGAUGCGCCUUCGCUGUGCACCAAUCUCUCCUUGUUUGCACGUUGAGUAGAAAUCCGAACGGCUUUUUGGAGCCUGUGAGCGCACCUUCUCUGCCUCUCCGUACACCUUCAAACCCCCCUCCCUCCACACUCCUCCGCUGCACCUGCUUCAGGAUGGCCUUAACGAUCUGCACGCGAUUCACCGACGAGUAUCAGCUGUUCGAGGAGCUGGGGAAGGGAGCAUUCUCUGUGGUCAGGAGGUGUGUGAAGAUCUCCUCUGGACAGGAGUAUGCCGCUAAAAUCAUCAACACCAAGAAGCUUUCUGCUAGAGAUCAUCAAAAGCUGGAGAGAGAGGCAAGGAUUUGUCGUCUACUAAAGCACCCCAAUAUCGUAAGACUUCAUGACAGUAUAUCAGAAGAGGGUUUCCACUAUCUGGUGUUUGAUCUGGUGACAGGCGGAGAGCUGUUUGAGGACAUCGUAGCCAGAGAGUACUACAGUGAAGCUGAUGCCAGCCACUGCAUACAGCAGAUCUUGGAGAGCGUCCACCACUGCCACGUUAAUGGGAUUGUUCACAGGGAUCUGAAGCCUGAGAACCUUCUGUUGGCCAGUAAGCUGAAGGGGGCGGCGGUCAAGUUGGCUGACUUUGGGCUGGCUAUCGAGGUACAGGGGGACCAACAGGCAUGGUUUGGUUUUGCCGGCACCCCUGGGUACUUAUCCCCAGAGGUUUUGAGAAAAGACCCUUAUGGGAAACCAGUGGAUAUGUGGGCUUGUGGCGUGAUUUUGUACAUCCUGCUGGUGGGCUACCCUCCAUUUUGGGAUGAAGAUCAACAUCGCCUGUACCAACAAAUCAAGGCGGGGGCCUAUGAUUUUCCAUCCCCAGAGUGGGACACUGUAACACCUGAGGCCAAAGAUCUCAUUAAUAAGAUGCUGACGAUCAACCCCAGUAAGCGCAUCACUGCUGCUGAGGCCCUCAAACACCCCUGGAUCUGUCAACGGUCCACUGUUGCUUCCAUGAUGCACAGGCAGGAGACUGUGGAGUGCCUGAAGAAGUUUAAUGCCAGGAGGAAACUCAAGGGAGCAAUAUUGACCACUUUGCUGGUCACAAGAAACUUCUCAGCAGCCAAAAGUUUGCUAAACAAGAAACCAGAUGGUGUCAAGGUCAACAACAAAGCCAACACAGUGACCAGUCCUAAAGACACUGGCCCUGCCUCUGCACUGGAGCCACAGACAACUGUGAUCCACAACCCCGUAGAUGGAAAUAAGGAGUCCAUUGAAAGUGCCAACACCACCAUUGAGGAUGAAGAUGUAAAAGCCCUCCGUCUGGGCAGCUUAGUGAGCGGUGUCUUGAGUUCAAAGAGUCGCUCCUCACAGAUGUCAGACUCGGGACAGACUCCCACGUCCUCAAUUCAGACCUGCACCAAUAACAAUAAAGCUCGCAAACAGGAAAUUAUUAAAGUUACUGAACAGCUGAUUGAGUCUAUAAACAAUGGAGACUUUGAAGCCUACGCGAAAAUCUGCGAUCCUGGUUUGACUUCCUUUGAGCCCGAGGCCCUGGGUAACCUGGUGGAAGGACACGACUUCCAUCGUUUCUACUUUGAGAAUGCACUUUCUAAAGGAAACAAGCCAGUGCACACCAUCCUCCUGAACCCACACGUGCACCUCAUCGGGGAAAAUGCUGCAUGCAUUGCUUAUAUUCGGCUGACCCAGUACAUGGACGGCAGCGGAAUGCCCCGCACGAUGCAGUCCGAGGAGACCCGUGUGUGGCAGCGCCGUGAUGGAAAGUGGCAGAAUAUUCACUUCCACCGCUCAGGCUCACCGAGCAUCCCCUCUCAUUAAUGGCAUAUCGCUUUGUGAAAAAAAAAAAAAAAAAAGAAAGAAAAAAUCUAGUGGAGCAGUCAACUAGCCAACCCUCCUGACAGCUCUUAAGACCUUCGACCCUUCCAUAAGGACACAACCUCGCACAGGAUAUAAACAUUAUUACAUUUUACUGUUAUGGUAUUUUCUGAACAGACAAUAUCCGAUCCCACCACCGGGUGGCAGCACACCGUAUUUGGACGUAAUAAAAUAGACAUAAUAUUGAGAACAUUUUCUUUUCCUUUUUUGGUUUGUUUUUUAAACGUUUUUGGUAUGCAUUUUAAAUAUAAAGCAAAUGUUUCAAGAGUCCUCUACCGUAACCUCUCCUAAAGAUUAGUUCUGUAUUUUUAUGUGUAUUUCUGUGUGUGCUACUCUAAUACCAUUUGGGAGAUCAGAAUGUUCAAAUAUUCAGCUUGCUUUAGUUCUGGUGAUGUAUAUACAUUGUGAUUGUUGAUUUAAAACAAAAAGAAACUCCAAAAUCUGCUAUUCUUGCUAUCAGAGGACUUAAUGAUUUCUGUAAAAUCAAGUUUAUGAGCUACACUUCUGUUUGCUAUGAGCUGUCAUACUGUUUAAAUUGUCAGAUCUCAACCUAUAGUACUAAUUUAGGUGUAAAGAAAAGCAGAGAAACUUACUUUGCAUUGAGACAUGUUUGCCUUUAUAUCAGUGAAAUAAGAAAUAAGAGAAUGUAGCAUAUAUGUAACAUAUGAAAAUCCAAGAUUUAUUGUGUAGUGCAUGGUGGGGGAGGGGGGGGUGUUACCAUGAGUAAGAUCAUAUGAAACUAUAAUAUCUGCUGUUUAUUUUGUCAUUCAAGACACUGACUUGUUUGCAUUUGUUAUUGUUGUGCAUCAGUCCUGUCCCAAACUGUUUCUAAUGUCCUCCAAUAUCAUGGAAGUGUUGUAAAAGAUAAUAAAAAGCAAAAAAAUCAUCCAUAUCUUAACCUCGUGUUGAACAGGAGGUAAAUGAAACAUUGACCGUCGAGGUACCCCUUCCAUUUUGUAUAAAAACAGGCAGGAAUACAAGAUAAUGUUCAACAUUGUUACUUGUAUUUUGUGCCUGUGUGUGUCUGAUUUCUGUUGUCCUUCUCCCGUUAAACCAGUGUUUAGCUUUGCCAGCUGCAGUGAGAAGAUUUUGAUAAUGGAGAUGAAGAAAAGGUCCUGGAGUCUAACUUCAGUCAUUUUAAGUGACAGCCUGAUGACUAUGGAUGGAAAAUGUUGAUUUAAAAGACAGUUGGUUAGCCUUGGAAGCUGGGAUGUCUUCCGUGCUUCUAUUAGCCAGUGGUAUCACCAUGGCUGAACAGUGACAGUACUGUUGUCCCCUUUGUUUGCUAUAUCCACCUAGUGGGUCUUUUCUUUUUUCAAUGGAAAAGAUUAGCGUUUCAUUUGACAAAAAGUAUGAUGUCAGUGCAAUGCACUAAAUCUUACAUGGUGUGUACCUGUUGCCAGCAUGGCAAUGGAUGGCUUAACAUGUUUAAGAAAUAAAUAUAUCAGCUACAAAGUGCAAACAAUUGAUUUUUACUAAUGUUUGUGUGGCUGGUUGAUUGGCUUAUCUCUUGUGGAGCUUGUGUUUCUUAUGACCAUGGUAUGGAAAAUAUGUAUGUUUCUUGAUUUAGAUCUAUAUACUCUACGUAUACCCUUAAGUCCUAAAUAUACCUAUGAUGAGAACGAGAACUAUAUAUCUGUUACAGCUAAGUUUAACUUGAUAUUCAUUAUUUUAAGAUAUGGUAACCAAGCAACAGUGCUGGCCAAAGGUUGCUAUACACUCCUCAUUGGCAUGGAUGUCAUGUUGCAUUAAACCUUCUGAUCUUCCAAAUUAAAUUAUUCUAAUACUUAAAAUUUGAGGUACUAUAUUCUAACAAUUGCUGAUUUUUAGUAGAUGUGGAUAC